CUCCCUCCUUUCAGCGUCACCUGCUAACAUUAUCCUCCCUGCCCAGGCCCAAUUUACUGUCCAACCAUCCAGGUUCUACACACUCAGCAUAUGUCUUGUGGUGGUGUGCACACUCACAUUUGACUUUUGAGCAAGAUCGAAGAAACGUAAGGAAGUAAAGAGUGUUUUCCUGUGAGAGACUGGGAUUUUUUUGGACUAUAUUUUUUUAUGUUUUGUCUGACAACAUGGAGUACUGCUUUUUGAAAGGAUUCCUGGUGGUUUUGUUGAUACAACAGUGCACGUCUGAAGUAGUCAACCUCCAAGAUGACCAGGUCUUAACCCACGAACCAGAGCUGAUCCCUGCAGAGGUGGUGCCCGUGGUGGCUCCCCCCAGCUUGAAGGAGGUUCAGCAGGCUGUGCAGGAGGCCUCGGAGCAGGUGGAGGGUCGUGGGGCAGAGGAAGUGCUGAAGGAGCUACUGGAGAGGGUUGUGGAAGCAGCUCUGGGGCAGGUGGAAGGAGGAGGUGAAGCGAAAGCAGAUGAGGCAGCAGAGCAGGACACAGUUGAGGAGGAUGCACUGGGGGCUAAAAAAGCAGAGUCUGAAAGUCACACAGAGGCAAAGGUGUUGGAGCAGGCAGUGGAGGAGAAGGUGGAGGAAGAUGUGGGCGCCAAGGGGGUAGAUACUGGUGUUGAAGAGAAGAAGGAGGUAGCACAGGUGGAUACAUUUCAAGAUGUAGCUGAAGUGGGGGAAGGAGUUGUUGAGGAGGAGGAUGAGACUGCUGCCGGAUCUGUGGAAGAGACCACAGCAGGUGUAGAAACUGGAGGCAAAGAAGCAGAGGAAGUGGAGGUUAUAGAUGAGUCUCUAGACACUGAAGUCAGUCAUGAGGUUGUAGGGGAAAAUGUAACUGCUUUAAAAGAGACUGGAGGGCAUUUAGCAGUAGAGGAGGCAGGGGUGGAGGACAACAGGGAGGUUGAGUUGUCAGAAGAAAAAGGAGCAGCUGAAACAGACACACAGGAGAUUGAAGAAACAGUAGUGGGUGGAGAGCCAGAGCAAGAGACAGUGGUAGAGUCUGACCCUAGUCUGGUGGCGGAUGAUGUGGAAAAGAUAGGGGAUGUAUGGGGGAAGGACGAAGCUCUGGAGGAAGAAACUCAGGUAGAUGAAAUGGAAGGUGAGGUGAUGGUACCGCCUUCUAAUAAUUAUGAGACCACACAAACUGUAGUAGGAGAGCAAGUAGAAGAGGAGGAAGAGGUAAACACAGUGAAGGACGAUGGGGGACCAGAAGUAAAGGAUGGCCAUUUAGCGGUGGAGGGAGGAGCUGGUGAAGAGUUAGAAGCAGAGGGUGGAGAAGUGGGGGAAGCAGAAGGGGGUGGGAUACACGGAGAGAGUGCAAUCAAGGAGGAAUCAGUGGCAUUGGUAAAUGAGGGGUUGGGUGACCAGCAAGCAGGAGAAGAGGAGCAGAUUGCUUUGGAGACCUCACAUGGCAGUGAGAAAGAGGAUCAAGAAGUGCUGGUGAUCUCUGCCCCAGGGACCGAAGAUGUUGCUGACACCUCCAUAGAACAGAGCUCUGAGAACCAGGUUCCCACUCCAAGCCCAUCCCUAGGUGGGGUCGAGGCUGAAGGAAACACCCUUGGUGAUGAGAAAUCUAACCAUGGCAACGAGAUCAUCACCCCUACUGAUGACCUUUUGCCACAUGACCCUGCUGUGGCCCAACCUACAAUAGAUAAUUUUGUGAAGGAUGUUCUAGCUGAACUCCCUCAGGCAGAAGGGGAGGAAACAGGGGAGGCCAAGGAGCGUUUGGAAGAUACAGCUGGAACCACAGAGACAAGUGAGCUGGGCCUGAAGGCUUGGAAGAUUGGGGCUAUUGCUGCUGCAGUCUUCCUGGUUUUGGAGACCAUUGUGAUCAUUAUCUAUAUACUCAAAUGUCGUAACAAAAACAGUGCCCUGGCCCUACAACGGGCAUGUGAGGAAGGAUGUGUUGAACCAGAGGCAGCUACAGGAGGUGACUGCAGUGACGAGACACUUCCUGCAGGAAACGGGGACACUCAACAGAAAGCAGCACUUGACCCAUCUGAUGUGGCUUCAACCCUGGCCCAAAACAAAGAGCAGCAUGAAGAGGAGCAUGCGAUAGCCAUGUCUGACCUCCCGCCCACCUCCACAGAGGAGUCGGCCAACACUGGACCAGGACCAGACUCCUCACAAGACCUCAGGACUUCCAUUCUCUAGGGUGCCCAACUGUUUUGUCAGUUCCUGCUGUAUCUAAAUAAACCCCCCAAAAGCCACUGUCCAUCCCUGCACCCAAUCCAAAUCUACCUAAUGAAUUACCCUAAAUUCUUGAACCCUAACCAACCCAACACAGACUGCCUUGGAUUCUGACUGUAAUAACUACUGUAUAUGUAACACAUUUGUAUUUGGUGUUUAUGACUGUGUGUAUGUCUGUGUGAGUGUAAAUUGAAAGAAAGAGAUGCUGUAACACAUUUGGCAUGUGUGAAUACGUGGAUGUAGGGGUGUGCAUUGACAGAUGAGCACACUUAUGAAUAAAUGAAUAGAAAGAGCAUGUUUUAAAAUACUUUGAGCAUGUAUGUGAGUGUGUGUGCAAAUGUGGUAAAAUUGUUGUGAAUCUAGAUGUCUGUAAGCUCUUUAGGCUACAAUCAAAUUGUUAAGAAAGGUUUUUACAUACUGACCACAUCAGUCAUGCUGUACAAAGCUGUUGAACACAAAAGGUUUGAAAUGUGUUCUUGUUUCCCUGUUUUAUCAGCAAUUCAGUUCUACUUAUUCAUAAAGUGCUUUGGAGGUAUCAUACCAUAAUACACAGUUUCAUUAAAAAGUACAACACUAGCCUACAAGAAAAAAAUAUUUUGUUAUUGAGAUGAAGUUGAUUUAAUUUUUAUUCAAUGUAACUCCUGACUUUUGUUUCGUCAUUUAUGAUUUGAGCAGUACCAAAUUAAAAUGAUAAUGUUGAA